AUGGCUAAUUCCAAAAAAUCCACAAAGCGUCCUAAAAGCAAAAGGAAUGUACAGCUAGACGUGUAUGAAGUUGAGCGCAUUCUCGCAGAUCGCGUUAAUAUAUCUGGUAAAAAUGAGUACUACAUUAAAUGGGUUGGUUACGAUUCACGCGAUAAUACUUGGGAGCCAGAGGAAAAUCUCACUGGUGCCUCUAUGGCUCUAAAAGACUGGCAAAAGAAAAAAGGCCUUAUAGCAGCUGGCCUAUUACAACCUUAUACCUUUGAAGAAAUUCAACAAAAAGAGUGGGAACAAAGGAAAAAGGGAGGAGUAUAUUCCCCAGAUUUUAACUCGAACGCUAAUGAACCUCUUACGCAACCUGCUGCAAAAUCUAAAACAAAAUCCAAAACGAGCCCGAAGUCUCCUCAAACAGCAGUAUCACAAAAGAGGGUUACGAAACGCAGAUGCUGUCCUCAAGUAUCUGGUACGGAGUCAGGUAAUGAGCAAGUUACAAUUUGGUCAUCCACUGAAAAGAAACAAAAAUGUGCUGAUCGAGAUGAUACCCCUUCAUUUUGUCAAAGUGAAUCCCUGUCGGAUUCUCCUUCAAUUUCCUGUAUAAAGAUUCCUGAAGUCAAUGGCGAUAACCCUUACUCUGGGGAUUUCUCAAUAGGAUCUCCGACUCUGACUUCUUCUAUAGGAACCAUUUAUGAAAAAUCCGUAGGAGCAAAUACAUUUAAUGCUUCUGUUAAUGAUUACUUAUGGCCUAACUCUUUGGAACAAAAACCAACGUUCACCUCGAUAUCAAGCAUGAAGAAAGCGGAUCCUUCUGUGACUUCGCAUACAAUUAUUAUCAGCGAUAUUACGAAAAGUACUGCUGAGAAAGACAUAGUUUCGUAUUUUGCUUUUAUCCCAUCAAAGCUGGAUGUACGGGUUUAUAGAGGCCAUAGUUCAGCUAGUGAUGUAGCUUAUGUCAAAUUCGAUUCAGCUGAUUGUGCUCAAAUCGCUUAUGGAAAAGGACAUCCAAUUUGGCGUAUUGCUCUGGCAAAGGACGAUGUCUACGGUACACUAUCAGAUCCCUUGGAGAAUAGAAAAUACUUCAAAGCAUCCUCAUCUAAAAGACUGUCUAAAGAAAGCUCGAAGUCGAAUUUCAAAUUACAGAAAAGUAAGAGUACGUCUCCUAGAAAGCCAAAGAACGACCUGAAAGUUCCGGGUAGUAGGUGGACCACUGUCAAUAAUGUAUGGCAAGAGAUGCCUAAAACAGAUGCGCUUGCUGAAUAA